AGUAAUGGUAAAAUACGUUGAUGGUAGAGGCUGCCAUCUCCCUACGUCUUAGCUUUGCCGUCAGUAUUUCGUUGAAUCAUGGGGUGGUUCAGGGUCCAAAAGUUACUGACGUCUGUUCCAGAGGACCUGUUGGGUAGCUUGCUGAGUCCUGUCAACUUUUUGAUACUCUUUUUGAUGCUUUUAUCUUUACAAGAGACCGGGAUCUGGGAUUAGUGUGCCUGGUAAGGUUGAGCGGCUGUAGGAUGUGUGGACAGGCUUUGAGACAGGGUUUGGGUUAGUGGACAAAAGCCACGAAGGCCUAAAUCCAAUGGCGCGUUCGGUCAUGAACAAAGCUGCCUUCAGACAGCUGUGAAGUGGAUGGGAUAUGAUAUAGUGAAGUGCAAGUAAUCUCAAAGUGGAAGUUUCAUCAUAGGACCUAGAGUGGUUGCUAAAAUGGAAGGAAUCAAUAAUUUCAAGACACCAAACAAAUUAUCUGAAAAAAGGAAAUCUGUAUUACCAACUCCAUGUAUAAAUAUCCCUGCCUCUCCAUUUAUGCAGAAGCUUGGCUAUGGGACUGGAGUGAAUGUUUACCUAAUGAAAAGAUCGCCGCGAGGUUUGUCUCAUUCUCCUUGGGCUGUAAAAAAGAUUAAUCCUAUAUGUAAUGACCAUUAUCGAAGUAUAUAUCAAAAGAGGCUGACUGAUGAAGCUAAGAUUUUGAAAAGCCUUCAUCAUCCAAACAUUGUAGGUUAUCGUGCUUUUACUGAAGCCAGUGAUGGCAGUAUGUGCCUUGCUAUGGAGUAUGGAGGGGAAAAAUCUCUAAAUGACUUAAUAGAAGAGCGAUAUAAACACAGCCAGGGUCCUUUUCCAGCAGCUAUCAUUUUAAAAGUUGCUCUAAACAUGGCAAGAGGGCUAAAGUAUCUGCACCAAGAAAAGAAACUGCUUCAUGGAGACAUAAAAUCUUCCAAUGUUGUAAUUAAAGGUGAUUUUGAAACAAUUAAAAUUUGUGAUGUAGGAGUUUCUCUCUCAUUGGAUGAAAACAUGACUGUGACUGAUCCCGAGGCCUGUUACAUUGGCACUGAGCCAUGGAAACCCAAGGAAGCUUUGGAGGAAAAUGGCAUCAUUACUGACAAGGCAGACAUAUUUGCCUUUGGCCUUACUCUGUGGGAAAUGAUGACUUUAUCCAUUCCACAUGUUAAUCUUAAUCUUACAGAUGAUGAUGGUGACGAAGAUACAACUUUUGAUGAAAGUGACUUUGAUGAUGAAGCAUACUAUGCAGCUUUGGGAACCAGGCCCCCUGUUAAUAUGGGCGAACUGGAUGAAUCAUACCAGAAAGUAAUCGAACUCUUCUCUGUAUGCACUAACGAAGAUCCUAAAGCUCGCCCUUCUGCGGCACACAUUGUUGAAGCUUUGGAACUAGAUGGCCAGUGAUCAUGUUCUUGAUGACUUCAGUGUGAAGUACAUAACUGUUCUGUUUUCUUGGCUGUUUAUGUGAUUACUGUUAUGAUCUGCAGUUAUUACCCUCCAGAAGUGGCCUAUUUUAUGUCCAUAAUGCCCUGUUAAUUUUGAGUAGCUUUCUAACAUACGUGUACUUUUUGUGUUCUUAUGAUAAGCACUUAGUAUUAUACUGGAUUUUCUGUUGAAGUUCAAAAAAUGUAAAUAGAAGCAGGUGGUUAGAUGUUCCACACUUAAAACACUAGCAAUAAAAUACUGUAAAUUGUUCUCACAUUAAUUUGAGUGACCAUUCUUUUAUCUUUCCUAUAUAUUCUCUAUUUUAGUGGAUCUAUUAAAAUUAGCACUUUAUACAUUGCAAAGUAAAUCUACACUUAUAUUUUAAAAUAUUAAAACUUUUGCUGGCAUUGUUUCAGUCUCUAAUAUCUUUAUGAGUAGGUACAACAUUUGCUGGGAGUGACUUUGAUGAUACUAUACAGGUUGGCUGAUGUGCUUAUUAAAUGGCCACUAGAACCUGAGAAUAUAAUUUGAGUAGUUGACUGGGUAUUUCUAGACUCUUGGGCUAUUUGGCUUGUUCUACUGUCUUGGAUUGAUGUUUAAUUUAUUAAGUGUAUUUCCUGUACUAAGAUUCUUUUUUAGCUUUUAUAUUUCAAAAUGUGGUGUAAAAAUAAUAAAACUCAAAUAGGACAAUAUAGAAUAAAGUAUAGCUUUGGUACCAAAAGGUGUAUCAGCACUAUCUUAUUUUA